CCCUUUUGCAGAGAGCUGCUGGGGCUUUGGCUCCUCCCUUCCCUUGUUUCCUUCCUGCUUGUUUCUCUUGUGGGACUGACUGCUGCCUUUGCACACACUCGCACUCUCUCGCUGCUAUCUUUCCUCUCCCCCUUUUUUCCUAUUUUCAUAAUAACAACAAAAACAAAGAAGAAAUCAGCCUUUGAAUGGGGACCUCUCCAGUGCAAGCUGCAUUGGGAACGCGGAUUGCAGAGCUGGGCUGGUCUUCCAAAAAGUGCCAGUUCAAAGUUCACAAAGCAUCACUCCUCCUCCUCCUCCUCUCCCCCAAAAAAGUGCAGUAAUUUUUUUUAAUGCAAGAUGGCGGACUUGUACUGAGCAAGCAGAAGCAGAGGGCUUAAAAGGCAGCCUUUACGCAUUGCAAAGAAUAUCCAAUGCUUCCAUCCUGGUGGGUGUACAGUAGAAGAUGAGCCUCCUUCUGUCCGCAGGAAGAGAUGGAAAUAAAGAACUGGAGUCUCUAAGUAGACAUAAAAUGAGUGUAUAAUUGGAGGAGGUCACCGGCCUCUGAAGAAACAUCUGGACACUGUGACAGGUGACCGGCGCAGAUGUUAAGAAAUUAUUACUCGUCCUUUCACCCCUUGGACUUCAAGUUACUGUUUUACCUAGUUGCACUAUAAAAAUGAUGCUAACCAGCUAAUUGCUGAGAAGUCACCAUGCAUUGAUUUAGCACUCAAAGUCAAGCCCCAGGAAACGCCUGAAAGGGCAGGAUCUGCCUCCGUGUUUGCCAGUUUUGUGCUUCCACUGCAGUAGAAUGGCAAGUAAGCGGAAAUCCACAACGCCUUGCAUGGUCCUAGCCAGUGAGCCGGAUCCGGACCUAGAAGUGGCGUCUGAUGUUGACGAAGGGCCGCCUGUACUCACCCCAGCAGUUAGCAUGUCAAGCGACGAGGACUCUCACGAGUGCGUGGACUCGGACAAUCAGCAAAACAAAAAAAUCGAAGGCGGCUACGAAUGCAAAUACUGCGCCUUUCAGACUGCAGAUCUCAACAUGUUUACUUUCCAUGUGGAUUCUGAGCAUCCCAAUGUGGUGCUGAGUUCCUCCUACGUCUGUCUCGAAUGCAAGUUUGUGACUAAACGGUAUGAUUCUCUCUCUGAGCAUAAUGUCAAGUAUCACCCCGGAGAGGACAACUUCAAGCUGACUAUGGUGAGGCGCAACAACAAGACAAUCUUUGAGCAAACGGUGAAUGACCUGACGUUUGACGGCAGUUUUGUGCAGGAGGAGAAAGCUGAAGAAUUUGAGUGUUUUGAGGGCCCCUUGUCCAGCAUCUCAAUUAGCAAAACCCCAAUCAUGAAAAUGAUGAAAAAUAAGAAUGAAACCAAACGAAUUGCUGUUUUCCACACUGUAGGAGAGGAUGGUCCGGUGGAGGAAAAAGAUGCUGAAACGGACCCAGAGUGUGAAGAAGUCAUUGAAAAACCAGCUACUACGGUCUCAGAGUCCAGUGCAAAUACUACUCCGGCUGCAGAAACAAUCAGCACAGUUGUAAAUCCUACAACUGUUAUUCAACCUGCACAAGUGAUAACUACUAUAGCCUCUCCGCAGAACUCAACCUUAAUUUCUAAAGUCCUGAUUCCCAUAAAUAGCAUUCCGGCCUACAACACUGCUUUGGAUACCAACCCACUGUUGCUUAACACCUACAACAAAUUCCCUUACCCGACGGUGUCUGAAAUCACGCUUCUAGCAACUCAAGCGAAAUAUACUGAAGAACAGAUCAAGAUCUGGUUCUCUGCCCAGCGCCUGAAACAUGGGGUGAGCUGGACUCCAGAGGAAGUGGAAGAAGCACGGAGGAAGCAGUUCAAUGGCACUGUGCACACUGUCCCUCAGACUAUUACGGUUAUUCCGGCACACAUUUCGGCCGGUGGCAACGGCCUGCCUUCCAUUCUGCAGACAUGCCAAAUUGUUGGCCAGCCAGGCCUAGUGCUUGCGCAAGUUGCAGGCGCUGGGACACUUCCGGUAACCGCCCCAAUAGCUUUGACGGUGGCAGGAGUCCCAAACCAUGCCCAGUUGCAGAAAGCCCAGGUCCAAGCCACCCAGCCUGUCACUGAAACCAAGCAAGUUGCCGCUGUCCCAGCCCCGCAACUUACCAAAUCGGAGGUGGUGGCAGCCAGCGUGGAUUCAGUUGGGAGCCGUACAAAGAAGACCAAGGAACAGCUGACAGAGUUGAAGAUCAGCUACCUGAAAAGCCACUUUCCUCUUGAUUCUGAGAUCAAUAGGCUCAUGAAAAUCACAGGCCUGACAAAAGGAGAGAUCAAAAAGUGGUUUAGCGAUACCAGGUACAACCAGCGGAACUCAAAGCACAACCAUUACAAUCAUCUCAGCAACGAUUCUUGUACUAUCAUCAUUGACUCAAGCGAUGAAACCAACGAGCCCUCAACAGUGACGCAACCACAGCCCAAACAAUUGGGGAAUGCCUCUGAUUUUAGCCUCCAAAAAUUCAAGGAGAAGACAGCCGAACAACUCAAAACACUCCAAGAGAGUUUCCAAAACAACCCUUUCCUGGUUGAUGACGAGCUGAACAGGCUACGGUCAGAAACCAAGCUGACUCAGCGGGAGAUCGAUGCUUGGUUUGCCGAACAGAAGAAAUCCAGCGCCUUAGGUGACGAAAGUGAGGAACUGAAUGAAGGCAAUAUGGGGAGCAUGAAGGAAGCAUCACUUGCAGAGUCAUCUGGAGGAGAAGGAGCUGGGUCACAAAGGGCUGGAAAGGGGGUGAAAAAGUCGCCGGAACAGUUACAUAUGCUCAAAAUGUCCUUUAUCAAGACUCAGUGGCCAUCUGCGGAAGACUAUGACAAGCUGGCAGAAGAAACGGGGCUUCCUCGGUCAGAGAUUGUUAGUUGGUUUGGAGAUACCCGCUACGCCUGGAAAAAUGGUGGCUUGAAAUGGUACUACUACUACCAAGGGGCCAAGGCAAGUGGUAUGAAUGGCCAAGGCUAUUCCAGGAGGAGAGGGAGAGGAAGACCAAGAGGAAGAGGACGGGGAAGGCCUCGUGGGCGACAGAGGUUUAACAAGCGGAUCAAACACUGGGACAGGACGCCCGUCAUUAAGUUUAAAACUGGAAAAGCAAUCCUUAAGGAUUAUUAUCUGAAACACAAGUUUCUUAACGAACAGGAUCUUGAUGAGCUGGUUGCCAAAUCGCAUAUGGGAUAUGAGCAGGUCAGAGAGUGGUUUGGGGAAAAGCAGAGAAGAGCUGAACUAGGUCUGGAGCUUUUUGAGGAAAAGGAGGACGAAGAGGAGGAGGAGGUUCUGGACGAGCAGGAAGAUGAAGACGACGACGACGAAGAAACAGACGACAGUGACAAUUGGGAACCCCCUCGGCACGUUAGGCGGAAGCUCUCAAAAUCAGACUGACAUGUAAGUUUUCAUAGGUUGUGGGAAUGUCAUGUUGCUGUGUGGUGCCAAAUGACUGGUGCUGACCCUCCAGUUCUAGCGGCCACUUUAGAAUUCACUUCGCCCAGAAGGAGGAAACAGAUUGCUUGCUUGUGCGGCAAAUGCACACUUAAGUUCCUCGGUGAGCAGGGAUGGAAAAGCAAGGUCGGGAUUUGGAAUUACAAACGCCUCCGUUGAUUCGGCUCUCCUCCACAUUUCUGCUGAAAGGGAUGCGUUGCUUAAGAGAUGCUGUGUUUAAUUGCCUUACGUUUUGAUUCCAAAAAUCUCUUUUAAGGACGGAGAAGCACAGAGGGGCUUUUUUUUUCCUGGAAAUUGUUUUGUUUUCUUCCAAAUGCAGAAGGGAAAUUUCUGCAAAUGAAAAAAAGCACUGGCUAUUCUUGUAAAAGUGUGCACCAGCCAAGCAUUUAAGAAAAGUUUCAGAGGAAAGCACGAUGGGUUGGGAUAAAGGAUACCAAAGGACAGAAUCCAUAGAGGGGUGACAAUUGCUUGAGUGUGUGAACGAGAGUGCGCGUGUUUAGGAAAAUAGAGGUAAGGAAUAUCUCUGUUAGGCAUGGAGCCUGUGUGCUAGGUUUACAGACGUCCUACUGAAUGUGUCUCUCUAGCUGUGUCCAAGGGGCUUGGGUCUAAAGUAUGUUUUUAUAUUAAACUUAAUGAGUGUAUAUCAGAUGUGAACACUAGACACCAUUAAUGCAGCCAAUACCAAAACUUGUCUUUGAUUGUGCAGUUCUCUUGAAAUGGUUAUGGCAAAAAGGGUUGUUUCCAUACGAGAAAGCUUCCCAAAUUCCAUAUAGCCUGUUUCCUUCAUUGAAGCAGAAGAGCUGGAAAACACAUACACACUCACUGUUUUGAAACAAUGCUGGCCAGAUCUGUUCACUGCCCUUUCUGGCUGCGGAGGGUCCAAACUCAUCAGCUGUAGAACCAGACUCAUGUGUCUCUUGUUCUGGGAUUGCAGGGCAAUGAAAUUGAAAGGACCAGAGCUGGUCUUUAUGGAUCACUGAAAGUAGCAGUGCUACCUGAAGCCAAGUACAGCCCAUUAAAAACAGCUUUUUACUUGACCAUAUCCCAGGGGAAUUUUCUAUUUCCUAAUGGAGAAGUGCCUGAGUGUUAGGAGAUGAUGCCUUUUGCUUUCUGCCUUGCAAAAGCAAGGAUGGAAGCAACUAUAAAGUAAAAUAAAGGCAAAGGCUGGCUGGGGCUGCCAUCCCUUGUGUUGGGAUUCUCAACCUGGAUUUCAGUAAGGCCUUCAACAAGGUCCCCCAUGACCUGGAAAACAAACUAAUCAAAUGUGGGCUAGACAAAACUACAGUUAGGUGGGUCUGUAAUUGGCUAAGCGAAUGAACCCAAAGGGUGCUCACCAAUACACCUUCUUCAUCUUUGAAAGAAGUGACAAGUGGAGUGCCGCAGGGUUCCGUCCUGGGCCCGGUUCUGUUCAACAUCUUUAUUAAUGACUUAGACGAAGGGCUAGAUGGCACGAUCAUCAGGUUUGCAGACGGGACCAAACUGGGAGGGACAGCUAAUACUCCAGAAGACAGGAGCAGAAUCUAAAACGAUCUUAACAGAUUAUAGAGAUGGGCUGAAACUAACAAAAUGAAGUUCAACAGGGACAAAUGCAAGAUACACCACAUAGGCAGAAAAGAUUGAAUGCAAAGAUACAAAUGCAGUAUGUGUGAAAAAGACCUUGGAGUCCUCAUGGACAACAAGUUAAACAUGAACCAACAAUGUGAUGCGGCAGCUAAAAAAGCCAAUGGGAUUUUGGCCUGCAUCAGUAGUAUAGUGUCUAGAUCCAGGGAAGUCAUGCUACCUCUCUUUUCUUCCUUGGUCAGACCUUACCUGGAAUACUGUGUCCAAUUUUGGACAUUGCAAUUUUAAGGGGAAUGUUGACAAGCUAGAAUGUGUCCAGAGGAGGGCAACUAAAAUGAUCAAGGGUCUGGAGAAGCGACUUAAAGAACUAAGCAUGUUUAGCCUGCAGAAAAGGCUGAGAGGAAACAUGAUAGCCAUGUAUAAAAACACGUUAGGGGAAGUCAUAGUGAGGAAGGAGCAAGCUUGUUUUCUGCUGCCCUGCAGACUAGGACGUGGAACAAUGGCUUCAAACUACAGGAAAGGAGAUUCCACCUGAACAUCAGGAAGAACUUACUCACUGUGAGAGCUGUUCAACACUGGAACUCUCUCCCCCAGACUGUGGUGGAGGCUCCUUUGGAAGCUUUUAAGCAGAGGCUGGAUGGCCAUCUGUCGGGGGUGCUUUGAAUGCGAUUUCCUGCUUCUUGGCAGUGGGUUGGACUGGGUGGCCCAUGAGGUCUAUUCCAACUCAUUAUUCUAUGAUUCUAUGAAAUGUCAGCAGAACACUGUGCCAAGGAACCCAAACUUGCCCUAUUUUCUGAUAGGAUGGCCCUCCAUAUGUUAUUGGUUACAGCUCUCCCCAUCCUUCCCUAUGGGGUAAGGCUGAUGGGAGUUGCAGCCCAGUAAUAUCUGCCACACUUUUCCCACCUUGGUUUAAGUCCAGGCAAGCACAUCCGCUAAACCUGACUAUGUAACUCUAAAAACAGUGGAAGAGAGUAGGGGCCCUUUCACACAACACAGUUUUAACACUAUGAUUCCAGUUUGACUGCUAUGGUUCCAUCCUAUGAGAGUCUGGUGUUUGCAACCUGAUGGAGUUACUAGAACACUGGUGGAGAAGUCUAAAUCCUCCUCCCUGAACGGCAAAUCCCAGGAUGGAGCAAUGGAUUUAAAGUGGACUCCUCAUGCUAGAAUUGUAGUGUACAAAAAGUUAUCACAUAAGGGUGAAUGGGAACAAGAGCACUUCAUUAAGUAGCAUAAGGCAAAAAUGACCACAGUAGGGAAAGCAAUGAUCUGUCUCAUUGGCCAGACUUGUGAUUGUGCAGUAGUGCAUUGGAGAUUUCUUUCUGCUCCCUUCCUUUUCUGGCCACUAGAAAAGUCUAUAUACAGAAAACUAUAUUGGCAAACCAAUCUCAAUCACAAAUGCUGAUCUCGCAGCAUAGGAAUUUUGGAUUUGAUUUAUGAACCGAAGAAGGAAGUACGGCAACACAUUCAUAAAAGUACAUUUCCAUUUUGGGAUGGUAGUGGAUGCAUUUUUACCAGCGAACCAGUGCUUGAGUUAAUAAAAGAUCUGAAAAAGUCACCUUUCCUGCUUUUCCAGCUUUGGGUGUUGCAGAGUUAUUUUGUGCCAUUCAGAGUUGCCUCAUUGCCGCCUUUUGCAGUGGUAGCAACUGUCCUUCAUGGUGAUGGGUUAAGACAAUCGAUUACUUCUGUAGCAUAGUUCAAGCGUUUUUUUCUCUUCCAUUCAACUCUUGACCUUACAUAUCUUUAAUUCCAUAUGCAUGCCCAGAAAGAGACACACUUUAAUUCAUUAAAAAAUCAAAAAAGCCAGAUUGGUGAUUGUAUGCUCUGCUCCUUGGUCUGUUAGUAAUGUAAUAUUGGUUCCCUGAAAACCGUGGCCUAAAACCAUUUGGCAGAAUGAAAACAAAGUUCCUGUUCAUUGGGCAGAAGAGGGAAUUUCGGCAGGCAUUGCUUGUUUCCUGGUUGUGUCUGCUGUAAUUCUCUCUUCUACACAACCAUUAGAGGCACAAGAACCCUCUCCAGUUUUCAAUCUGGCAACCCUAUUUGCUAAUCACAACUAGCUACACUAAUGGUCUUCCAAACUGGUCUAAAGAAGCACGAGUUCUCACAGUAAACUUCCUCGGGUUUUGCUCGUUUUGUUUGUCUUCAGACCCAUUUGUUCCAUUUAUUAUGGGGAAUGUUUGUAGUGAAAUCUUGGCUUUGCAGUAAGGCUCUUUCAGAAGUACACUUCAAACUGGGAGCAAGAUUUUCUGAGGUGAUCCUUAAGUUUGAAGGACAUUUUUUAAAGCAAAAAUGCCAAUCUAUUCCAUAAAUAGAUAAAGAAGUGAAAACUUUUUUUGUUCCAAAAUGUCUUUUUUAAAAGUUGAGAGUGGGAAUAAAAUGUUGCAACUGGUGCUGGAAUUGGUCUAAAAAUAUUCUAGGACACAGAAACACUGCAUAUACUACAUAAAUCAAUACUGGAACUUUACCAACACACCUGCCUUAUAUGUAUAAGUCAUGAAUUGAAUCAAAGGGGUUUAUGUAUAUGUAAACUACCAUUUGACAACUGAUCUGGUGGGUGCGAUUCACAACUGGAUUUAAUGUACAUACUCGUGUAUACGUCUAGAUUUUUUAUGUCAAAAAAAUCACCCUGCAAAAACUGAAUUGAUUUUUCCAUGUGUCAAUGUACCAUACAUACUUGAGUAUAAACUGAGUUUUUCAACCCUUUCCAGGGCAGAAAAAGCCCCCCUCUGCUUCUACUCAAGUGAGGGUCCUAGUUGGCUUAUACUCAACUAUAUAGGUAAUCAGAGCUGGACAAUUUUAUCUUAAAUUAUAGUUUUAUGUAAGUAUUCAAAAACAUUAAACCUACUGAUGCCUCAAUUAAUGUAAUUUUAUUGCUAUCUAUUUUUAUUUUACAAUUUACCAGUAGCUGUUGCAUUUCUCACCCUUAUCUUAUACUCAAGUCAAUAAGUUUUCCCAGGUUUUCUGUGGUAAAAUUAGGUGCCUCGGCUUGUACUCGAGUACGGUAAUACCUGUACUUUAACUCUUAUUCCAAAAAAGGAACCAUGUGCUGAGAAGGAUGACAAAAGGUGAGAACUUAUUCCAUCCUGGGAGAAUCUAAAAGAAACACUGAGCUUUUUCUAUGCCUGGAUAGGGAAAUGGCACUGGUACUUCACUCUUUGAAGAAUAACGCUUAGCCCCAAAACUUGCCCCUGGCUUAUACAUGAGGUUGACUUAUAUACAAGUAUAUACAGUAGAUCCAUGAUAUGGUUGAAUCUAAAUCCAGCCUCAGGAAUGUCUGCACAAUUCAGAGAUAGUGUCCUUUUUCUUUUGUUGUAGUAAUCAUAGUAAAUAAUUGCAUACACAGCAAUCGGAGUGAGCUUGGAAAAAAUAUUGUUCCGGAAACUUAGUCCUAUCCAUGUUAGUUGGGAAUUUCUGGUAUUGUAAUGCAAAAAAUUACAUUUUCCAAGCUCUGGCAGCAACCAUGGUUCAAACACUGAUCAGGCACUAUAUCUACACUCCAUUAUGUGUUUCCAGGUUGUGGUUUCUCAGAGGUCUCCUAUGUGAAAGUCAGCUAAAGUACAGCUAAUAUGAAUAAAGGUAGGGAGGUAUGGGAACAUGCAGUUACUAGCUUGGCUAUUGGACUCUUAUCUAUAUUCACAAGGGAUCUGGUGCUGUAUCCGCAUUACGUUGUAACAAGCAUUCCCAUCAGUGGUCAAAAUAUCAUAUUGGCCAUGGUGAUCUGGUGAUGAAAGUUAUAGAUUGACUCAGGCCUCAUCUACAUUGCCAUAUAAAAUUAAGUUUAUCUGCUUUGAACUGGAUUAUAUGGCAGUGUAGACUCAUAUAAUCCACUUCAAAGUGGAUAAUCUGGAUUAUUUGGCCUGAUAAUUUGGAUUGUAAUGCAGUGUGAAUGGGGCCUAGGAAAUAUUCCCCAUUAGCUCAUUAAGAUCUUAAACAGUAGUUAAGGAUUAGAACUGGAUAGUUCUGGUUCCUUUGUUUUGCAUUUGAUGUGAGAAAGCGACAACUACUUUUCCCAAUGUCUUUUAUGUAGUAUUUCAUAAGGCCAAGUUCCAGUUUAUUAGUGGAAACACCUGAUUUCAUCAUGGGUUUUUUGUUUAAUGUCAUAAAGCGUUAUCUCUGGUUCGUAGCCCAUCCAUAAUGAGCCUUUGCUCAUGAAAAUGGCACUGUGAAAUUCAAAGCAGCAGUAAAUACCUAGAACAACAUGUAAGAUGUAAUGCUUCCCUGUUAACAGUGCACCGAUACUGCAUUCCUGACUUACCAAAAAAAGUAUUUUGAAAAACAUAACAAAUUGGAAAAAUGUUUUCCACAGAGGCACCCCAAAUUAAUAUUUUUAAAAUAUUGAAUAAACACUGCUCACAGUGCUUCAAAAACAAUGGAGCGUGGUUUAUGUUAAAGAAAUAGCAAGGAAGCAACUAGCCAUAACAUAGUGCUUUGGGGAGCAAUAUUAUUUUUUAUGUAUUACUUCCAAGCUCUGGUGCAAUCAUAGUGCCAUGAUGUUUUUGGCAACAAAGGCUGGAUCUACACUGCCAUAUAAUCCAAUUUCAGAAUGGAGAUGAACUGCUUCGAACAGGAUUAUAUUUGUCUGUAGUGCCAUAUUAUCCAGUUCAAUGCAGUUAAUCUGCAUGCAGAUAUGGCAGUUAGAUGGGGCCAUAAGGUGCAAUUGCAAUUGUAGAAUUAAUGCCUUUUGACACCGCUUUCAGUGCCAUGGCUCAAUUCUAAGGGAUGUUUUGCAGUUUGGUGAGCCACCAGCAAUCUUUGGCAGAAAAGGCCCUGUAAAACUGUAACUCCCAAGAUUCCAUAUCAGUCAAAGUGGUGUCAGAUUGCAUUAAUUCUACAGUGUAGAUGCACUCAUUGUAACUAGCAUGUAAGAGGAAUAGAGGACAACACGUGUCUUGUGGACUGUUUGCAUAACACUAUGUAACAAAAUCUGGAAAGAAAAUCUGUUCCUGGUUUGAAAAUGUUAUUCCUGUUUGAUUGUGUGCUACUUACUUUGAAAGUAAUUGUUAUACUCUAGAAACUUUGUUUUUGUAGUUGCCACAAAUUAUGUGGAAUUGAUUGAGACUCAAUGAGAUAUUAAUUGAAAAACUAUAGCAAAAUUUGCUGCAGGGUGUCUUGCAAAACAGUUUUUGCAGUUUAACAAACCUUUUCCAUGUUUUUAUGAUAGAACCAAUUAGAAAAUGGCAUUUAUAACCUGGGAACAAAAAUCGUGUUGCAUAGUAUAAUAGUUUGAGUUUUGAAAAUGUCUAUUUUCAUUGCGAGUUUCAUUUUAAGGAAUGCCGCUUUCCUCUUUGUGGUUUUAAAAGAAACACCUGCAAGUAUGUCAAAUAUGUCUAUGUGGACCGCUCAAAAAACCCUAAAUGGGUUGAAAGGAAUCCUUGAAAUUCAUCUCAGAGUAGAAUCAACAUGUUUUCUAGCCCAUGACUUCCAUAUUUGUAUUCAUUUUGACUUGUUAAAUAUGAACUACAGCACUCAUGGCAGUUAAAGUGCUGUCGAACUGCAUUAAAUUCUACAGUGUGGAUGCACCGUUUGAUGCCUCUUCAGAUGUUUGGUAGGAUGCUUCCCUUUCCAGAGAUGAAAGCGUUUUGGCUCUUGAUUCAACAAAACCUCCUGAUAGUAAUACUCUUUCUGUUCAUUUUUUUUUUUAAAAAGAUCCUUGCAAAGCCUUCCUUGGCCUGACAAGACUGUGGGAAAUUUGUCUUGGCUUGUAUUUGUUUACAGCUCACAUAAUUGAGUGAAAAAACAAUAGCGUUUCAAGCACAAAGUUUUGGGCGUUACGACGAGUCAAGCCACAGGACGUCCAAAGUGGCUUUCGUCCCAAAUUCCUGAGAAGACACAACUCCCAUCUUCUCCUAUUCUCCAUGGGAAAAAAUUGGGGAGGUAAUACAGGGUGAAAGAAUUGCACUGAAAAAUCACAAAACAAGCUGUAUUCCCAUUAAACUCCAGCAGCCUUUAUUUCCUCCCACAAUCCAUACAAAUAGACACCUUAUUUCUCCAAAUUUGUAUUUGCAAUGACUACAUUGUACUGUCACGAAACUGAUAUUAUCAUGAUGCUAGUAAAGAUAUGAGAUAAAUAUGUAGCAAAUUUCUAAACUUGUUUCCUCUGUAUAUUUAUAAUUUUGGGUGAUGAAUCCCAUAGUAAGUAUAGUUUGUUUGUUUGUUGACAGCGACUGAAAUUUAUUCUUCCUUUAUGGCUUUUCAAAGUGAAAUCAAGUUUGGGGAAAACUGGCAAAGGAAAAAGUUCUAUAAGCUCUUAUUUACUGUGAAUAAGGAGGGAAAAGAAGCGAAUUGGAUAUACAUAAACCCUCCCAAUCCGGACAUGCUCUACGAAUUGGACUUUGUGCCAAAGUUUUUAUUUCUUUUUAAACUACUGCAGUUAGCAGAUGCUCUGCACUGUAAAUGACACUGGUAAAAUGACACUUCAAAAAGUGGGAAGGAUACGGAUUUUAAUACAGAACAUUUCUAUUCUGCUAGAACUUUGCAUUUCUAAAAAAUUUAUUCAGAAUGAGGAUCGACGACCGCUAGAUUUAUUUGCUUGUAUCAAUACUGUAUGUUUUUCAGCCUAAAGAUGGGUUUCACAGCCUCCGCUCUUUGAUUUGUGAAUUAAGCUUAGAGCUUUGAAUGACCAACCAUUUUACAGAGUAAACGUUCAUAGAAAAUGAGUAAA